AUGUCGCCCACCCAAACGUCCCCGCUGUUGGCCGUCGACAUCGGCAACACCCGCAUGAAGUUCGGCCUGUUCGACUCGGUCGACCGAACCGAGAAACAGUUACCCAGCCCCGACCGAACCUUCGAACUCUCGACGCUCGACGAGCCGUUCGACGACUUGAUCAACUGGCUACAACCCCACGAUCUGGAAUCGCUCGCCUGGCGCGUCGGCACGGUGAACCUGCUUGGUUCCACGCGGUUGAUCGCUUGGCUGCGCGAACGCGAUGCGGCUCGAGGGUUGAUGAUGCUGGCUCGCGACGACUUACCGCUGGAAGUGGAUCUCGAACGCCCCGACAUGGUUGGGGUCGACCGCUUGCUGGCCGCCGUAGCGGUGAAUCACCUCCGCAAUCCCGAGAAGCCGGCCGUGAUUGUCGACUUGGGCACGGCUAAUAAGGUCGACUUGAUUUCCGAUUCCGGUGUGUUUCGCGGGGGGUCGAUCUCCCCGGGCUUUGGCAUUGCCGCCCGGGCGAUGCACGAGUUUACCGAUCUACUCCCCCUGCUCGACAUCGCGGCCCUGAAUGAACCGCCCGCGGCGCUGGGCGUUUCGACGGUCACCGCAAUGCAGUCGGGUCUGUACUGGGGCACGAUCGGUGCGGUGAAGGAGCUAAUCGCCCGGUUGGGCGCUGAAAUUGGGCAAGCUCCUGAAGUGUUUCUUACCGGCGGGGCGGCCAAGUCGGUGUUGCCGCACCUUGGGCAGGACGUCCACUACGUGCCCGACCUGGUGUUGGCCGGUCGUGGGGCCGUGGCGACGGUGUUGGUCGAAGGACCGCAAGCCCUGGAGUUCGUCGCUCAGUCGUUCCAUCCCCGCAGCAAACAGCCGCUCGAUUCGUUCCCGCUGGGGCGGAUCAUCUUCGGAACCUGGCUCCCGACCGUGCAAGGUUCGGACGACUCAUCGCAGUCUGCCGGGGAAGAGCUGGUGGUCUGUCGCCUGGACGAUCACCGUAUCGAAGUCCACUGUCACGGCUCUCAGGCAGCCAUCGAGCAGAUCGUCGCUUCGCUCACCACGCAGGGCGCCGUCAGUCGUAACUGGCAAGACCACACCCGGGCUACGCACAACGAUGCGCUCGUCGCCGAGGCGCAUGUGGCGCUGGCCGCCGCACUGACCGACCGCGCGGCCGGCAUCCUGCUCGAUCAGGCGAACGGUGCGUUGUCGAAGGCCGUACGUGAGAUCGAUCGCGAUCUGAGCGAGGGCCGAAUCGAUCGAGCCAUCGAGCAGCUACAAAAUCUGCUGCAAUUCGCAUCCCUUGGGCUGCACCUCAUCCGGCCUUGGAACGUGGUGCUCUCGGGGCCUCCCAAUGUGGGGAAGAGCAGCCUGAUGAAUCGCCUGCUCGGCUACGAACGGGCCAUCGUAUUCGAUCAGCCGGGUACCACGCGAGAUGUGGUCACCUCGUCCGCAGCGAUCGAUGGUUGGCCCGUCGAACUGGCUGACACCGCGGGCAUACGCGAAAGCCGCGAUACGAUCGAGCACGAGGGAAUCACUCGAGCCCGAGCGCAUCUCUCCACGGCCGACAUUGUGCUGUUGGUAAGCGAUGCCAGUGCAACGACAGGAGAAGACGGCACGGCUGACGUACCCGAAGGCAUUCCGCACCUGCGGGUACUCAACAAAGUUGAUCUUCUCCCGCACCCUCCUGCUACAUCGGAAAACACCAUCGCCACCAGUGCGGUCUCUGGCGUGGGAAUCGAGCAGUUGCGAAACGUGAUCGUAACGCGACUGGUUCCACGUUUACCGCAAGUUGGCGAUGCCGUACCUUUCACCCCCUCGCAAGUAGAAGUUUUCCAAGAUGCGUUGAAGCUCGCCCCACAAGGCGAGGCCGAAACAGCUCAGCGAGCCUUGGCGGCGUUGCCGCACGACCGAAGCUUUCCGCUGAGUAGGAACUCGCGGCAAGUGCGACCCGUAUCUUCGAACGAGCCAAGGAUUGGUCACAGCAAACGUCACGCGUCGUUGGCGUUGGUUCAGGAGGAACUCCCGAUGCGUUGGGUAAUGAAUGGGCGGAUGAGUUCGCAACAACUUCUUGUGCGUACCGUGGCGAUGAUCUUCGUCGCCUACCUGCCACUAUGGGCCUUCGCGCAAGAUGCCAGUGAGCAAGGCGCCUCGGUCAAGAUCGUCCAGAAAAGUGGCGAUCAGCAAACCGAGCCUGAAACGGCCCAGCAAGUAACCCCGACCCCGGACGAUCAACCCGCAUCGACCGACAUCUCCCAGGCAGCCGAAGAGCUGGCCGGUGCAGAAGCGGCUGACGAAGAAGAAAUCACCGAUCCGCUGUUGGCCAAGUACAAGGUUGAGCCGGCUCGCCUUGGCGGAAUUCAACCGGGCACAUCUCGCCCUGAAGACACCAACGCCGAGUGGGGCGAACCCACCAAGGUGAUUCAGAACGACGGCGUCGAACAACGACUUUAUGCCGUCGAACCGUUCGAGCAAGUGGUGACCACCGUCGAGAACGGUGUGGUGGCUUCGAUCGUGGUGAACCUCAACCAGGCGUUCUCACCCGGUGACGUUGCCUCGCAGUUGGCGCUCUCCGAGUUCCGCCCGGUGGUCGUCCGCGACGGCACGGGAAGGCCCUUGGGACAAGCGUAUCCCGAGCGUGGAGUUCUCUUCGGCUUCGAUCCUGAAGCGGAAGAACCGGCCGUGGUGCAGAUUAUUCUCGAACCGAUCGACGCUCAGACCUUCAUCGCACGGGCCGAAAACCAACAAAUCGCCCAGCCUCAGUUGAGUUUGAACGACUUGGAAGUGGCCGCGCACCUCGCCCCGGAAGAAGUAAAAACCUACGCCCUGCAGGCUUCAAUCCUUUAUCACGUGGGAUUGACCGAAGAGGCCAUGACGGCCGCGAAGAAAGCCAUCGAGCUGAAACCCGAUGAACCCGCGGCGUUGCUCACUCGGGCAAAAAUCGCCAUGGAACUGGGCGACUACGACCUGGCGGCCGAAGAUUUGCAGAAGACCCUCAAGCUGGCCGGCCAAGGCGACCUGAUUCGGGCGCAGGCCAUUUUGCAAAAAGGCAACCUGUACACGCACGGACCCGAUCGCGACCUGAAGCAGGCCAUCGAGUUCCAUCUGCAGGCCAUCAAACUGGCCGAACCUCUGCUGGCCGACGAAUACCUGGCCGUGCAACAUGCGGCCGAGGAAGUCUCCAUCGAAGCACACUUGGCCGUCGCCUACGACGUGGCCCACGGCAACUGGCGGCGUCAGGAGUCGGUCGUGCCGAUGUGGUUGGACCGUGCCACACAACUGGCCGACGCCACCUCCAGCGGGCGACUUCGCUUGCGGCGACAAAUCGAUAUCUCUCGCGGGGCCCUGAAAGCUUCGCUUGGAUUGGGCGGUGAGUUGGACCAUAAGGGCUACGUGUUGCAAUCUCUGCGGGCGGCCAAACAACUGUUGGUCAAUUCAAACGAUCCCCUGGAUGAACACCAAUUGCAGUUGACCAUGGGGCUGAUGUUGUCCGACGCCGUGCGGAUCGCACAACUCCGCGGACUGGACGAUGAAGCCCUGAAGAACGGCAUCGUGGCCGAAGAAUACUUCACCAUGGCUCGCGAAACCUUGGGCGAAGAGCCACGCUUUGUGUUCUACGAAAGCCAAUUGCUGUUCCGCAUCGGAUCGGUGCACGCGUUGCAGAAAGAGAACCACAACAUGGCUGUGGAAUUCUUCGAUCGCUCGUUCCCGCUGAUUAAGGAAGCCCUGCCGUUUACGCCUCCAUCUGAAGUGGGCACCCAAGGCGAGGCCCUAGUGAGCAUGGCGGUUUCUUACUGGGAAGUGAAAGAUCGUGACUUGGCGCUGCGGCUAACCAACGCCGGAGCCCAACUCAUGGAACAGGCCGUGGGGGCCGGGCUAAUGGAAGCGGAAGCCCUCGAAGUGCCAUACACGAACCUGGCCAGCAUGCACCGUCACUUGGGCAACGAAGACGAAGCCUCACAGUUCGAGCGGAUGGCCACGCGUCCCAGCGAUACCGAGACCGAGUAA